GACAAAACACUGAAACCAGAACUUGGAAGAAAUCAGUGGAAAUUCUCUCUAAUGGCGGGGAGAAUAGGAAGACAAGAAGUACUUGAUUCAGUAUACUCAGUAAUAGCACUAGUAUUUAUACUAGUAGCUUGUGUUGAACUAUGUGAUGCAGCAACAGUUGUUGAUGUAUACAGACUUAUUCAGUAUGAUAUUAGUGGUGUUCCAUAUGGAUCUCGUUUAUCUAAUCUAAAUCAUCACGCUUCAUCUUUUCCAUUCUCUCCUGGAACUGAUCUUUCUCGUACUGUUUUUGUCAUCAAUUUUCGUGAUUUGAAUCUCACUUCUAUUCAAGAAUAUAUCACUGAAAAGCGGCAAUUGGGGGGUUUGCUACUUCUACUCCCUCAGAAGUUUAGUCCUUCAAACAAAGAAGCUGCCGAGGAAGGUGGUCAAACUCAUGAACAAGAACAGACAAGAGGCCUUUUGAUUGAGUUGGAACAAUUACUAAUAGGUGCAAACAUUCCAUACCCCGUCUAUUUUGCUUUUGAGGAUGACAAAAUUGAUGCUGUGUUGGAUGAUAUCAAGAGAAAUGAUGCUCUAGGGCAGCCUGCUACAGCAACUACUGGGGGAUACAAAUUCGUUGUCUCUACUCCUGAACCCAAGAAGCUUGCAUCUUCCACCCUCACAAACAUUCAGGGUUGGUUACCAGGCUUAAAAGCAGCUGGAGAUACUAAUCAGCUUCCAACAAUUGCUAUAGUUGCAUCUUACGACACCUUUGGCGCUGCACCGGCACUGUCGGUUGGAAGUGAUAGUAAUGGUAGUGGAGCUGUAGCACUUCUUGAGACAGCUAGGUUAUUUUCUCGUCUUUACUCAAACCCAAAGACCAGAGGAAAGUAUAAUUUACUGUUUGGGCUAACCUCUGGUGGACCUUACAACUACAAUGGAACUCAAAAGUGGCUCCGGAGUCUUGAUCAACGUUUACGUGAGAGCAUUGAUUACGCUAUUUGCUUGAACAGUAUUGGUUCUUUAGAUAGUGAACUAUGGAUGCAUGUCUCUAAGCCUCCAGAAAAUGCCUUCAUUAAGCAAUUGUAUGAAGGCUUUUCAGAUGUAGCUGCAGAUUUAGGUGUUAAAGUUGGUGUAAAACACAAGAAGAUAAACAUUUCAAAUUCACGAGUAGCAUGGGAGCAUGAGCAAUUUUCAAGGGCAAGAAUUACAGCUGCCACCCUUUCGGAGCUAUCAGUUGCCCCAGGGUUAUUGGAAAGCUUUGGAGGUCUGCACGAUCAAAGGCCUCUUGUGAAUCCUGCUGCAGUUGUCAGAAGUGUAAAGUUAGUCGCAGAGAGUCUUGCGAGACAUAUUUAUGGCUAUCAAGGAAAAAACAUCCAGAUUUUCAAGGAUGGCAGUAGCUUGGCUGUCAAUCCAUCUUACGUGACCUCAUGGCUAGAUCUUCUCUCACGGACCCCUAGAGUAGCACCUUUCCUCCCGAAGAAUGAUCCUUUUAUCCUGGCAUUGAAAAAGGAAUUAGAGGAUCAUACUGCUGAGGUGAAUGUACAGCAUGAGUUGCUUGAUGGGAUGUUCACUUUCUAUGAUUCAACGAAAUCCCAGCUUAACAUAUACCAGGUUGCAAGUGUGACCUUCGACUUACUCUUGUCAUUGGUUUUGGGAUCUUAUUUGAUUCUACUGUUCUGCUUUCUUGUCAUCACAACUAGGGGUCUUGAUGAUCUCAUUGGAUUAUUCAGAAGACCUCCCUCACGGAAGAUGAAAUCAGGUUGAUUGAAGUUAUAACAACAGGAUUAGAUGUAAUGACCUAAUGCUCUUCCAUUUGUGAUGCGAAAGACCGGCAUCGGUUAAUGAUAAUCACAGCAGAUUAGUUUUUUUUGUCGAUGUACUCAAUCCUGCUGUAAAUUAGGUGGUCAUACCAUAUGCCUCUACCGUGAGUUAUUUAUGUCAUAAAGCUCAUAUCGGUAGCUAGGUUUAUUCUGACUCGCUAGGGAUCCGAUUUUUGGUGGUGCAAAUACUCCUCUUGCAGUAUUAGGUUAGGUUGCUACCAUCUGAAGAUUAAUUUUACGAGGCAAAAAUUCUAGUUCGUGGGAUUCUUUUUACCUGGGCAGAGAAAUGAAUUCUUUUCUUAUAUGCAAAGCAAAGGUACUAUGCUCAAUUUUUUGAUCCCUACCUUGAGCAAGUAGAAAUGGUGAUAUCGUUUUCAAUAUUAAUGUUUAGAAAGUAGAAACAAGUUGGAAGACUUGGAAAUGGUACGAGUUCUUUACUGUUAUCAACAACUUUGGAAGACUUGGAAAUGGUCCUUGCAAAAUUGCAGUCGUCUAGGUCAAUGAAACUCAAAAA